AUGGUUUUAAUACUGCUCUUCAUUCCCUUUUUCUACUUUCAGGAAGGAGGCUGCAGUGUGCCUGUUGCUGUUCAUACAGAAGUGAAAGGGUCCAUGCUGUAUUUGACUGGAGCAGUUUAUAGUUUGGAUGGAGCUGAUUGCUUGAAGGACACUAUGCAGACGGUUGUGGAAAUUGACAACAAAGUGAGCGAGAGUGCACAGGAGUGCGUACACGCUGGAGUCACUGCCAACAGUGUAUCAUCAUCAGCCCUCGAAGCUGCUGAGAAACUGGGAAUGGAUCUGGCAAAUGCUCUCCUUAAUAAGGGGGCCAAAGACAUUCUCACAACAGCCAGGAAACUAAAUGAUGCUCGAUAGCUGGCUUUUUACAUUUUGCGCAUUGGCGUAUUAGACCUAGUUUUGGAACCUUAGACAUGCUGUUAACUUGGAUAAACCUUACACACAACUAUAUGCUCUAUAGCCGAAUCUCCAGAGCUUAAAUACAACUUUGAUUGGCUGUAUAAAUCUGUAUGUAAAAACAACCAGCAAAUCACUUCAGAUACUAUACCUCAGUUUAACAAUGUGACCGCAGCAAUUUUUCUCUCAGCUGCUGGUUCAUACACAAGACUACCGUCGUCUCUUCUCAGGCACAGAAUUCUGGAAGAAUUCAUGCUGAUGGUCUUCCAUUUCUAAUGUCAGACUGCCACCUUUAUCUAUGAACCACUUGAAAAUGAGGUGGUCAAAAUAGCUAUCUUUUAUAUCUGGCCAUGGUUUUUAAAUUUAGAAUCGAGUAUUUUUUAUCUUUAUGUACCUCUAACAAAAUAUGGCAUUUUUAUUUAACAGCAUAUCCUGUUUUUAAUAUACGAUGCAUUUUAGUAAUGGAGAAUAUUUAUUAAUCACAAUGAUGAGGUGCCAAGAUGUAGUUUCCUUCAAGUUCUUUAGAACUUGGGCUCCAUGUAAGAUUUUUUGACAAAGUAGGCAAUUUAAAGAAAAAUGUAUUACGUUUUAUAUUUAGAAUAUUUUUAUGGUUUUGAUCCCACAAUGUACCUUCAUGAUGUGAUUAAAUUAACCAGCAAAUUCUUUGACCUACAACGCUACUUUCUGCAAUUAUAUCAAUAUGAAGUUUCUGUAAUAAAAAAAAAAAAAAAAAAAUUUAUUA